ACACACACACACACAAACUGGAAGUCAGCCGGCUGCUUCUGAUUCUUACUAGAAGCUUUACAGAGAAGAGAUCCUGGUGACUUUAUCCAUCACCUCUGGUUGCUCCCUGCCUGCGCUCGCCUGUCUCCAAAACUCUUCCUGCUCAAGUAGCUUUGCGUGUGUGUAUGUGAGAAAAAGUGUGUAUGUGUUCCAUUCCCUGUCAGCGAACCAUAGAUGAGGCUGCCACUUCAAGAUCUGAUGCAACUUGAUUGGACUCUCUUGCUUUUGUUUGCUGAGACAGCUGUCAGCGUGGAGGAGUGUUGACACAGAGCUGCUGGGAAUUUCGGCAUUGUUUUUCCCUCCCUUUUCCUUUGCAAGGACCGGAAGUGGAUGCCAGGAUUUUUCGGUGGCUGCGUGCCGGAGCAGAGUGCUUACCUCAGGAUUUGCAGUUGAGGCAGGAGGCGAGGGGGGGGGGAUAUGAUAAACAGCUGCGAGGGGAGGACGGUUUGCACUGCAGCAUCACACUGGCAUCUUUGGUUCUGCGUUGGAAAUUUGCUUCUCGGGGAUGCGUAAAAGAACAUAUUUCACACUCGGCUGCAGCAGAGUUUGGUUUGCAUACACUGAUGGAUUACUGCUUCUUUAAGAACUGGCUCCCUGCCCACUGAGGGAGAAUAGAUGCUGAUUUAAGAAGGGAAAAAUCACUCUGUUUUUGGAGCAGAAGACUGAACGGGCAACUUUCAGGAUCAGAAAAGAGACUUGGAUGACAGGUUAAUGGCUGCGUUGAGCUGAAACCGCCCCCCCCUCUCCCCCCCCUCCUGCUCCCUUCUCCCUCCAGUCCAAACAUGAACUCUUCCUCCAAUGCAAACCAAAGUGGCUCUCCCCCGUUCUGCCUGCUGGGCGCCGUGGGUUACUCCCGCAGUCUGGAUACCUGCGUGCUGGAGGUGGUCGUCAUUCUCUUCCUCACCGUGCUCAUCAUCGCAGGCAACCUGGUGGUGAUCUUCGUCUUCCACUGCGCCCCGCUGCUGCACCACCACACCACCAGCCACUUCAUCCAGACCAUGGCCUACGCCGACCUGCUGGUGGGCGUCAGCUGCCUGGUGCCCUCGCUGUCCCUCCUCCACUACCUCCGGGGCCUGAACGAGGAGCUCACCUGCAAGGCGUUCGGCUAUAUGGUUUCCGUGCUGAAGAGCGUCUCCAUGGCCUCGCUGGCGUGCAUCAGCGUGGACCGUUACAUCGCUAUCACCCGCCCGCUGUCGUACGCCACGCUGGUGACACCAUGCCGGCUGAGGGCGUGCAUCGUCCUCAUCUGGGUUUACUCUGCUCUGAUCUUCCUGCCGUCCUUCUUUGGCUGGGGGAAGCCGGGUUACCACGGGGACAUAUUUCAGUGGUGCGCUGACUCUUGGAAGACCAACCCUGGGUUCAGCACCUUCAUCUUGGUGCUGCUCUACGCACCAGCAGCGCUCACCGUCUGCUUCACCUACGGGAGUAUAUUCCGUAUCUGCCGGCAGCACACACGGGAGAUCACCCAGCGCCACGCUCGCUUCAGCUCGCAGACGGAGGGCGAUAAAGGCGAGCGGGGGGAGCGCUGUGAGGGCUGCCCGGACAAACGCUACGCCAUGGUGCUGUUCCGCAUCACUAGUGUCUUCUACGUGCUGUGGAUGCCGUACAUCCUCUACUUCCUCCUGGAGAGCGCAGGGCUAUAUCAUCACAAGGUGGCGUCCUUCCUCACAACAUGGUUGGCGAUUAGCAACAGCUUCUGUAACUGUCUCAUCUACAGCCUCUCCAACAGCGUCUUCCGGAAAGGUCUUGGCCGCCUCUUUAGGCCGUUGUUUCCCUCCUGCCUUGGCUGCAUGGAUGCCAAAAAGACUCCAGCUCCCAUCAGCCCCUGAUCCGACCCUCGAUGGGUAUGGGAAGUAUGAGCACUGACGACGAUGAAUUCGGUUGGGUUUCUUUGGAGUCAUCGGCCUUCUUUGUGUUUGCUUUGCACUCAGCUGCAUAGCAUGACACAGGUCUUUUUGGUCCUGCAUUAAGAUGUGGUGAGGCCCCCCUGCACGGAGCACGCAGAGGUGCUCGUGCAGAUGCCUGUCGGUCGUCUCAAAGGCAGAUUUUUGUGGAUGCUGUGAAGCUUUCUCAAAUGCUCUUGAGUGGGAUGCUGCUCUUUCAUGGCUGCAAAGAUCACAAGCUGACAACACAGAGUAAAGAGGUUUGAUACCGAUAAAGAAGGUGGACUGUAGGAAUAGGAUUCAUGUGUGUGCCACUUCAAUGGAUUUAAUAAACCAUCUUGCCUGC